AAUUCGACAACUUUUCUCUCUUUCUGUGGCUUCACCCAGGUUGUUCGACUUGCAAGACAGCAGGAGAAAUGGUUGUUCGACUUGCAAGACAGCAGGAGAAAUGUCAGUCCCAUCCUCCCCUGAAAGCAUGCUUCAGUAUCAGCAUCUCCAACUGGAGCAUCAAGCAACGGCAUCAUGCCUGAAGCCUUCACCACAUCUGUAACAGACUUCUUAAAACACGAUUGAUAUGGGACCAGACCAGUCCUCUUCAGGAUUGUGAGGCCUCCUCUCUGAGAGUUAUAAUGAGUUAUCAUCAGAUUGAUAUGGGACUAGACCAGUCCUCUUCAGGAUUGUGAGGCCUCCUCUCUGAGUGUUAAAAUGAGUUAUCCACUGCCGGGACCUAAGAGGGGUGCCAUUCCUAAAGAAAGACAUAAGGACGAGUCUCCAAACAAGGGUCUUGGUAAAACCUUGGACCCUGAUAUUAAAAGGGUUCAUCCAGAGAGAGCAGAGUCACAAACUCAAAGUUUUGUAUCAGCAAAGACUCACCAGUCAAUGGAUCUCCCUUACUCUUUCAAAGAGGAGACCUCUACUCAACAAGAAAAAAUGCAACCAGGAGAGGUGGUCUGUGAUAUCUGCUCUGAAGUCAAAGCUGUGAAGUUCUGUCAAACCUGCAGUGUGUCCUACUGUGAGACCGAUGUCAAGCAGCACUACACAGUAGCAGCAUUGAAAAAACACUCACUGGUGGAGAUUCCAGAUGAAGACCAAUACCAGAGACAGACUUCAGUUGAAGAGCUGCCCUCUCCUAGUGAGAUCCAGUUCCUGUCGGUGACGUCAGACUCUGUGUCUCUGAGCUGGAGUUCUCUUCAGGGGGUUAAAGUACCACAGAAGUUCAGAGUGACCUGGGAAUGUGAUGGUGAAGCGAGCAGCCUAGAGGUGAAAUACGCAUAUCAAAUUGAAAUAGAUGGACUUAAACCUGGUGAAAACUAUGAGUUCAGCGUUACCACAGAGGGAGAAGAUGACAGCGAAAACAGAACAGUCUCAGCAUCUGUAUUCACAGCUGUCCCAGCACCCAGAGAAUUAAAGAUAGACCAGACAGCAAUUUCCUUCACACUCUACUGGUCCAAGGCUGAAGGGAUGGAGAAAGUUCCACAACGCUUCCUCAUAUCCUACUGCAGCCCAGGAACAGAGCUCAAGGCAGCAUAUACUGACAACUGCUACAAAACAUUUCCCAACCUUCAACUGGGCACUGAGUACACUAUCAGUGUCUCAACUGUGCUGAACAAUGGGAAACAGAGUGAACCAGUCUCUACAACCAUCUGCACGAUACUUCCUGCUCCAGACCAGCUGACUGUUGACUCAGUGGACACCACAUCAGCUGCUGUUAGCUGGAACCAGCCACCAGGAUUGGACCAAACCCAACAUCAUUACCAGAUCUCCUACCAGUGUCCAAGAACAAAACCACACAUCACUACCACAUCUUCACACAGCAUCACUCUCUCUGACCUGAAACCUGCUACUCAGUACUCUGUCACUGUCUGCACUGUGCUGGAAAAUGAAGAACAAAGUCCACCUGUGUCAACAACCUUAACCACACGCCUAACUCUGCAAAUCAUGAUAGACACAUUGGGACUUGGAAGACACCUGAUUAAUAAACUAACACCAGAGAUUCUGCGAGAGAUUGAUGAAGAUUCUGGGACAGACAAACCUUUAACCAGUCUUGUAUUAAGGAGGUUAUUGAAAGCGAGAAGUCUCAAGUGUGACAAUGGACAAGUUUCCGAUAGUUCACAAGAGGUAAACCCUCUAGACCUAAUCACUGCCCUGUUUCUGUGCUCAGAUGGCUUACUGCAGCAGGAAAUGGCUUUAAAAAUGUCCAUGUGUCAGUUUGCUGUUCCUCUCCUGCUGCCCAACUGUGAUACAGAACAAACCACGUUGAUGCUGUGGGCCAUGAGGGACAUUGUGAAGCAGUUUAGACCCUGCUCUUCUGAUGACCGAAGUGAGUUUGUUGAGAACAGUAUUGUACUCACUGACCUCCCUAUGGUGUCAUUUGUUAGACUAGGCAACAGCACCUUGUCAAAAUCUCAACUUUUGAAUGAGGUUCUAAGCAAUUCUCAGAACUAUAACACCUUUGUCCACAAGAACAUGCCAGCUGGCAACAUACCAAGGAUGAUCUCGGAUGGCUUUGUGGAAAUGAGCUGGUACCUGCCCAGUGGCAACCCAAACAUUGACGUCUUUAUUGAACCUGUGGCUGUAGCUAAUCUUCAUGGGGAUAUUCGGGAUUUUCAGACCCAGUUUGCUUUCCUCUGCCAGACGUCAGCUGCAGUGUUUGUGUUCUGGGAUGAUUUGGACUCUGACAGCAGUAUUCUGAACCUCCAGAAGAUGAAAGAUCAACUCUUUAUUGUAUGCAACUCUGAGGCUAAGAGCUAUGAUGCAGUCAGUUUUGAGAAGCUUUCGCAUGGGCUCCAGAAACACUCGCACCACAUACUAAUGAAAAACAGGCACAUGAAUGAUGCACAGCUUGUGAAGAAGCUCCACUCAACAAUCACAGAUGUAAUUAAGGCAAACCCACCCAAAAAAGUGGAGGGAAUGUCUGUUGAUGCACGUAAGUUGGGUAUCCAUGUAGAUGAAGAUUAUGAUCCCUGUCUAAGAGCCAAGACAAGGGCAGCUUUGAUUACAGAUGAAAUAUGUUGCAUACCAAGCUACAAGGACAGCCAGCUACCAUUACAGGGGGAGAUAUGGAAAAUACUAACUACACUGGAGAAAGAGGAGUGUAAGCUACAAAAAGGAGGUGAUAAGGAUAUUGAAAUGUACAAGAAAGGACUCAAGCAAAAUAAACGUGAACUCAGGAAGAAGCAGUUGGCUCAUGGCCUGAAAAAGAACAUGUCCAUUUUCAUUGAUGGUUUGAAGAGUUCCAGAGAGGAGCGCAACUACUUCCUUAAGUGGAUGAAGCUCAAUCUGGACAACCUGUCAAGAACACACCUAUCUGAACUUAGGAAGAUGUACAAAGAACGGUAUCAGCAUUCCCCAGAGAGGAAAGACCUCAUUGGCGAUUUAAACAAACAGAUUUCAGACAGUUCCUUAGGAACUGAACAUUUCCUAAGGGAAGUUGGUCAGCUAUAUGAGUCGUCCUGGUACUCAGAUGAAAGCGGUGCGAUUGAAAAGCACGUACAAGAACUGCCAAGAAUCUGUGCCCAGUUAAUGUUGGAUGGGUUUCCAUUGGAGCUGAUGGAUGGUGAUGCAUCAAACAUCCCAAUGAUGUGGAUAUCAGAUGUUCUGCAGGAGCUCCACUCCUUGACAAAGUCUGACUGUAAAAUCCGGGUGGUUUCUGUGCUAGGAGUACAAAGCUCAGGGAAGUCCACUCUCCUCAACACCAUGUUUGGGGUCCAGUUUGCUGUCAGCAGUGGAAGAUGCACCAGAGGGGCCUUCAUGCUACUGAUUAAUGUCAAAGAGGAAUUUAAAAACAAACUACAGUGUGACUUCAUCAUGGUCAUUGACACAGAAGGCUUAAAAGCACUUCAGUCAACCCAGCCUACUGACAAUUUUGAGUAUGAUAAUGAACUAGCCACACUUUUGGUAGGACUGAGUGACAUCUCAAUUGUGAAUAUUGCUAUGGAGAACACCACAGAUAUGAAAGACACCCUGCAGAUUGUAGCCCAUGCCUUCCUCAGGAUGAAAGAAUUAGGAAAGAAGCCCAGUUGUCAGUUGGUGCACCAGAAUGUUGCAGAUAUAGCAGCUCAUGGCAAAAACCUUAUGAACAGGAAGCACCUUCUUGAGCAGCUGAAUGAGAUGACAAUUGUAGCAAGCAGGAUGGAAAAUACAGGCGACAACACUAAGUUUACAGACAUCAUAGACUACAAUCUUGAGGACACAUGCUACAUCCCAGGUCUCUGGCAUGGCAGUCCGCCAAUGGCACCUGUCAAUGAGGGUUACAGUGAAGCUGUGGCCGAUUUAAAGAAAAAGUUGAUUAAUGCAUUCAAAAAGGAGGAAGCCUCAAACGCACAAACAUUCCCAGAAUUCCAGCAUGAGAUCGGAAGUUUAUGGACCUCAGUUAAAUAUGAGAACUUCAUCUUCAGCUUCCGCAACAGCGUUGUGGCUGAGGCAUAUACCAAGCUGUGUGUGGAGUUUGUUCGAUGGGACAGAGCCUUCGAAAAGCACAUGUACACCUGGCUGAUCAAAGCAGAAACCAGGGUGGCAAACUAUGGCAUAAAGGGGUCAAAACAAGAGUCUAGCCUGGAUGACCUCUUAAACAGUAUGAAGAGGGAGGCUUCAGAUGAGCUAGAUAGAGAGGGAAACAUUUUUCUCAACAAUGUGAAUUCCUAUUACAAUAGAGAAGAAGGGAAUGUGGGUCUGGUCGAGAAGUAUAGGAGUGAAUUUCUCAUAUGUGCAAAGAGUCACAAAAAUGAGACAGAGAGUGUUGUCAGAAAAAAACUAGAGAUUGCGGUGGACAUAAAAAAAGGCACAAUCCAGGUAGACUAUAUUAAGAAACAUAAUAGGGAUACUCUUGACAAGAAAGUCUCUGACCUUGUUAAAAAAUUUAGUGGAUGUGAUAAUCCAUUGAAUAACCAACAGCUUGAGGAAGAAUUUGCUAAAAUGUGGAAUAAAACCGUUGGGGAGCUGCCAUUCAGGUGUCCAGAGAAGCAAAAUAUCACCUCAAACGCCUAUCAGCAGCUGCAUCAGAACAUGGCAAGGGAAAGCGGCACAGUUCUGGAAAUGUUAGCAAAAGCAGGCCCUCUUGAGAAAUGUGGACUUAAAGAAUUUCAAGUAAAAAGUGGGCACAACAUGGUGGAGAAGUUUGUGAAGGGAUUGAGGAAGAGACUACACAAGAGUGCAUAUCAAUCGCAAAAAUCAUUAGAGCACAAAACUCAAAUGAUAGCCAACUACAUCAUAGAACACAGUAGGCGGUUUGUGAUGAACAAGGUUAAUGCAAAGACAGAUUACCAUAGCACAUACAUCACAGAACUACUGGAAUUGAUUGAGGAGGACCUUAAACGAGAUCAUGAAUUGCAUUUCAGUCCCGAAUUUUAUGCAUCUCUCAAGAUACACAUCUGUGGGCAUGCCGUAAGAGAGUUCCAGCAAAUGCAUGAUGCUUUCAUCAGCAACAAUGAUCCCCAACAAAGCCUGGAGAAACUGAAACCACAGUUCUUGGCUGACUUCAAGGACCUAUUCUACAAGAGAGACCAGUGCAAAAGGAAGGCUGAAGAGUUCACCAAACACUGUUUGGAACCUGCAGUGAAGAAGUACAUAACCAAAUCCCUUGGACCAGAUAUAUAUGAUGAAAUGCGUUCUAACUGUGUUGAUGUUUUCAGUACAAAGAGAUCUUUCCAGUGUUCCAUGCUAAAACGCCUAUUAUGUGGAGAUUUUCAGACAUUCUUAAAGUACACAGACUACUAUGAGGGAUUUGUAUUUGAGUUCAUUUUGAGUAAUACAGUUGAAUACCUUUCAAAGGGAAGCAGGACAGCAAAGGACAUCAGCAUCAUUACAAACAUGGAGGUCCAACACUUGAAGACAAUCAGUAGACAGAUAAAGGAAGCUGUUGAGAAAUCACUGCAAACUGGCUCUGACAGACCAGAUGAAGAUGGUGAGGGUGAUGUCAAUUUUAAUCUGUUUAUUCAGAAUUUACGCUCAGAAUUCUCUAGCUUGCUGGUUAUUCCUACUAAUACAACAGGGAUGACAUUAGAGAAUUCCAAGACCAAAGAGUUUUCUGACAUGCUAUUAUCAUCUGUUGAAGAGAUGGAGAGCCGUCUCAGUGAAGAAUUUCACAAAGAUCAAGAUAUGUUCAAGAAGUUGUCCAGUCUACCUGACCCUCCUCAGGAAAAACUUUUUAAUAUGUUGUUUGGUUGUGGUAGACUGUGUCCAUUCUGCAAGGCCCCCUGUGAUGAAGAAAUGGAUCAUUCAAUGCACUCUGCUUCAAUUCAUCGACCUGAUGGGCUUGGUGGGUAUCAAUGGAAUGACUCAGAUAAACUUAGCACAGACAUAUGCUCAUCUCUCAGCAACAACAAAAAUCAGUUCCGUAGUGUUGAGACAAAAGGGAAAUUCUGUUCAUAUAAGAAAUAUCAGACCAUUUUCAGAGACUGGAACAUCAAGCCAGACAUCACUCAGACCUCCGCAGACUACUGGAAGUUCCUCUUUGUGAAGUACAAUGAGGAGUAUGCAGGGAUGCAUGAAGUCUUGCCAGCUGAUGUGCCAGAAGAUUGGAGAUCAAUCACAAUGAAACAGGCUGAGGACAGCUUGAAAUUAACAUUUGACCCCAAACCAAAGGGGAAUAAAAGUCACGUGCCAUAAUCAUCCUAGAAAAGGCAGCAUGGUAUGGUGUAGCUUCACUGGAAUUGAUGUAAAUGUAUAUAAUUUAGCUACAAUAUGAAGAGAGAUUGAAAGAAGAUUCAUUGAAGUUACCGUCCACAAACAUAAAACAAUAUGAGACCCUGAUGUUAACACUGUAAAUAACUCCCCUCUUGAGUAGAAGAUGUGCUAAAAGGAAGGACGAAAAAUGUACAUCACUUCCAAACAUGACUUUCAGGCCAGUUGUGAAUAAUGAAGAAAUGAAGAAAACACUGUAACUCCAUAGCAUAGGCAUAGGACAGACACACAGUACCAGUGAAAAGUAUGGACACCAAGGAAAAUGGUUUUCUUUAUUUCUACUAUUUUCUACAUUGUAGAAUAAUAGUGAAUACAUCAAAACCAUGAGAUAAAACAUAUGGAAUCAUUUAGUAACCAAAAAAGUGUUUGCCUCCCUUUGCCUUGGUGACAGCUUUGCACUCUCUUGGCAUUCUCUCAACCAGUUUCACCUGGAAUGCUUUUCCAACAAUCGUGGAAGGAGUUCCCACAUAUGUUGAGCACUUGUUGUUUGCUUUUCCUUCACUCUGAGGUCCAACUCAUCCCAAACCAUCUCAAUUGGGUUGAGGUCGGGUGAUUGUGGAGGCCAGGUCAUCUGAUGCAGCAGUCCAUCACACUCCUUCUUGGUCAAAUAGCCCUUACACAGCCUGGAGGUGUGUUGGGUCAUUGUCCUGUUGAAAAAGAAAUGAUAGUCCCACUAAGCACAAACCAGAUGGGAUGGCGUAUCGCUGCAGAUUGCUGUGGCAGCCAUGCUGUUUAAGUGUGGCUGGAAUUCUAAAUGAAUCACUGACAGUGUCACCAGCAAAGCACACCAACACCAUCACACCUCCUCCUCCAUGCUUCACGGUGGGAACCACACAUAAGGAGAUCAUCCAUUCACCUACUCUGCGUCUCACAAAGACACGGCGGUUGGAACCAAAAGUCUCCAAUUUGGACUCAUCAAACCAAAGGACAGAUUUCCACCGGUCACCAAUGUCCAUUGCUCGUGUUCCUUGGCCCAAGCAAGUCUCUUCUUAUUAUGUGUCCUUUAGCAGUGUUUUCUUUGCACAAAUUCGACCACGAAGGCCUGAUGCACGCGAUCUUCUCUGACGUUGAGAUGUCUUUUACUUGGACUUUAUGAAGCAUUUAUUAUUUGGCCUGUAAUUAUUUGGGCUGUAAUUUCUGAGGCUGGUAACUCUAAUGAACUUCUCCUCUGCAGCAGAGGUAACUCUGGGUCUUCCUUUCCUGUGUCAGUCCUCAUGAGAGCCAGUGUCAUCAUAGCGCGUGAUUGUUUUUUUGCGACUGCACUUGAAGAAACUUUCAAAGUUCAUGAAAUGUUCUGCAUUGACUGACCUUCAUGUCUUAAAGUAAUGAUGGACUAUAAUUUCUCUUUGCUUAUUUGAGCUGUUCUUGCCAUAAUAUGGACUUGGUCUUUUACCAAAUAGGGCUGUCUUCUGUAUACCACCCCUACCUUGUCACAACACAACUUAUUGGUUCAAACGCAUUAAGAAGGAAAGAAAUUCUACAAUGACCUUUUAACAAGGCACACCUUUUAAUUGACAUGCAUUCCAGGUGACUACCUCAUAAAGCUGGUUGAGAGAAUGCCAAGAGUGUGUCACUUUGAAGAAUUGCAAAUAUAAAAUAUAUUUAUAUUUUUUGGUUACUACAUUAUUCCAUAUGUGUUAUUUCAUAGUUGUGAUGUCUUCACUAUUAUUCUACAAUGUAUGAGUAGGUGUGUCCAAACAUUUGACUGGUACUGUAGGUAUGUCAUGGAUGACUGUAUAUGUUGAAUAGCUUUGCUGCAUAUCAUACUAUUGCCAUACCGGAAGAUGAUAGUCAUUGCGAAACAUCUGCCUUUGCGUCUGCCUUUAAGAGGGCAUUUUUGAUACAGAACCUGUCGAAGAUUACAAGGACUCAAUGAUGUAUCGGAGUUUGGUAUGAGAUUAUGUGGAAUGAUACAUUUUGUAAUUAACUUUUUUUGAUGCAAUGGUUGAAGUCGAUGAUCUAUGUAUUAUGAGAAUGAUUAUGUUGGACAAAGUAACCCUCGUCCAUUUGGGAAUCCAUCACUCCUGCAUAUUUUGUAUUUUUGUUGUUUUUGAAACCAUUCAUUUUCUAGUGUUUGUAUGAUUCAUUUGUAUUAUUUUUUAAAUGAUUUAAAGUACAUUGUUUAUUGUAAAGGAUGACAUAUAUGUAUGUAUCUAUGUAUGUAUCUAUUUCCACACACCACCCAUGAGCUGCAUCUCCAGAGAUCAAUUAUGUAUAUUGUAUUUUCUUUUGCUAAUACUUUUUAAAUAAAAUUGUUUAUACAUUGGUUGCAAAUGUUAAAACCAGAAACAACUGUAAAGGUUUGAAAAAAUAAAUAACUAAAUGUAA